AUGAAGUACGGCGAUGACUACAAGCUCCUCCAACUUGCCAAGGACAUACAAAGCGACCUGGAUGCCAUGGACCGUACCGACAUGGAAAGGAUCUUUGCAAAAGUGCUAUAUAUGGACGAGCUGGCGCAAUUCUUUAACGAAUUGCCCUGA